AUGCGUCCCCUCCUCCCCCUCCUCGCCUCCCUCUCCCUCGCAGCCGCAUUUGACUGCGCCCUCAGCCCCGGCAGCAUCCCCUUCGACCUGCACCCUCUCGCGGGCAUCCGAACAGCCUCCAAGCAAUCCGACACGCCACCGACCACAUCAGAGGCCAAGGUCUCCCUUGAUCUGUGUAAUCCAGAGGGACUCCAGCGAGAAGAAGGGCUGUCAGAUGAAGACCAGUGCCCGCCCAAAACCAAAGUCUGCGUCAAGCUGCUGAACCACAAGCCAUCCUCUUCGGAUCCCGAUAGAGUCACAGCCGUCAUACCCUUCUGGUCUGAAGACAUGCCUGCCGAGGAUGUCACAACUACACCUCUUGGUAGAAGAGGAGACCAGGGGCUCAAGAUUGAUGUGAACGGCCCAGAGUAUGCUGGCGUGCGACAGUAUCUCAACCUCACCCUCAUCUGCGAUACAUCCUCAUCAGAUCCAAACCCCACACUGAUUUCCUACACCUCGGGCAAUCUCAAUCUUGAAUGGGCCACGCCGGACGCUUGUCCAAAGACGGCCGACUCGCCCAGUGCGUCAGAACCAGGGGAAGGAGGUGGCGGUUUCUUGUCAUUCUUGGCAACGCUCUUCUGGCUUGUGCUCCUUGGGCUGGUCCUGUACUUUGCUAUCGGCAUCUUUUACAACCAUCAACAAUACUCGGCAAGGGGUUGGGACCUCGUGCCCCAUCGAGACUUUUGGAGAGACGUCCCUACUCUCUUUUCAGAUUUAUUCUCUCACGUUGCGUCCGGCCUCCGUGGUUCCAGCUCUGGAGGAGGUAGGGGGGGUUACAGCAGCUUGGGGUGA